AUUUAACUUUUAUGACGUAUUUCGUCGAAACAAAUUUAGUACCCGCAGCAACUCACAGAUAUCGCAUGAACGUUAGUCGCGUUUCGAAAUAGAGCGGCAAAAUAUGACAGUUGAAGUUGACAGAUAGUAAAAAAUUGAAGUCCCCAGGUAUGCAUGAAUUGAAGAUUCUCUAUCGCCAUUUUGUUUUUACUUUACUUUGUGGUGUGUCCUCGAUUUGCGUUGUGUUUCGUUUUGUGUCGCUUCCAACUCGUUUUGUGUGCGUGUAUAUUUUUCUGAACGUUUUUAUUGUGAGAUGAAUAUAAAAUUUAGUGUUUAGAUACGUAUAAAUUGUAAACACAAGGAACAAAGGUGCAAUGUGUUUGAUUUCAGGGGUUUGAACAAUUUUUAGUGUUUAAGUUUAGGUAUUAGUGUUUUGUUGAUACAUUGAGUUAUAAGAGGACGUGAUGAGUUUGAGCCGAAAUCCCUCUUCUGUGCCAGGGUGCCACAAUAGAGAAAGGCCUUUUUUCCACUUUCCAAACCCCGAAGAGGCCAGGGCAUGUCUCGGAAGUGGAAAUAUGCCGCGAAUACCCAAAUUUUAAGGACCAUUUUUACAAGCAUCUGCACAGAAUUGGUUUUGUUUGCCACAAACAUUUUAAGAUGGGAGGAUUUUAAAGAGGGUACGCAUCGAGUAAAACRUACAGCGGUARCAUCUGUAAACCUGACAACAAGUACGGAAGACGGAGGUGCGUCAACGUGUGGUAACAGGAUAUCUCUCAUUGAAACGGAACCUACCACUCCCACGAAGYUGACCAUUACUCCAGCAUUUGUGACUCCCCCAAAGGAAGCUUGUGUUGUGUGGGAGCAGACAACACUUCAAUCAAAUUAUUGCAAAUCAGAAACAGACUUAUAUCAUGGGUCACUGGUUUAAUGACUUCACAUUUAUUAGUUUUUACGAAGCUCACAGUUAUGGGCUAUACGUUCUUUUAACACGUUUUUGCAACACUAAUAGCUUAUACUGUUUCUAUGGUGCAUUUAAGCUUACCUCUUAUGUUGCCGUUAAAAUAAGCUUCAUCUAUAAAGUACGUCGRCUAUAMCAAUGUAUCUUAAGAGUAUAAAAAACGCUUAUGCAUACUUUUUGUCAAUUUUGACAAUUUCUGAUUCAAUAUUAGUGUUGCAAAACAUCUUGAAGACAGAGUUUUAUAGUUUAAAAAUCUCAGCCUAUUAAAUUAGAGCGACCGGAGGGAGCGAGAAUUUAAAGUACGACCUCGGUUUUUAAACUGUCUUUAAAACUCUAGUUGUCUUAAUAGCUAUUGAUUAUUCGUUGCGCUAGUAUUCAUUAUUUAUUCCAAUUUCAUUUGCCUAUAGCCUGUUACUCUCUUUUUUUAAUAUAUUUUUACACAUUUUCAGACUGUUAUGGAACGACCUGGUCAUAGUUACAAUACUUUUUUUAUACUGUUCUCAGUAAAGAAAGUACAAUGUUUUUGAUGUGGAUAUAAUGUAAAUUCAUAUUACAUAUCAGUUAAAAAUGUUUUUACUUAUAUGUAGAAAUAAUUUUUUGUUAAUACAGGUACUUUUUACUCAUCAAGGAUGAAUAAACACAUAAUGACUUACUAGGUAUUACUUCAUAGUUGUGAUAAGCAAUGUCAAAUACAAUUUAAGGCCACAAAGUGGCAACGUAGUAGUGGUAAUUGAUUUACUUCCAUUUUUAAAUUGUCUUCUAUAAACUAGUCCCUAACCAUGUAAACAAUAUACAAAACAACAAUGUACACAAAGUGAUCCACAAUGAAUGAAUCUUUUGGCAAUCCUAACUCUAAUUUUUAAAGGUUACCAUUGGAGUACGCUUUUCAUUAACUACAAUUCAACAAGUACCUUAAGUUAUUGUCAAGCAAAAUCGUAUCCGAUUACAGUGCUUCCAUUUAUUAACAAAAAUAUUUUCACAUCUGUUACCAACAGACACAAUCUUUCUGGAUCACUUCCUACUUUAUUGUGUCAUUAGAUAUUUGUASAUUCUUAAUGUUAUAGAAGKGUCAUAAACAAUUUAUUUCAUGUUGUAACUACCUGUGCUAUUGCAGACAAACAAAAGGCUGUCAAAAUUUUCACACUUCAUUGUAUAGUAGGCUUUAACGUGUGAACUUUCACUCUUCACGUGUAAAUGGCAGGAACAUCACUGACAACUACAUCAUUCAACUUGAGGUUAUUUUAUACUACAUUAUUUUUUUGUCCAGAAUGGUGCAACWAAUUCUWUUUAUUUUUUAUUGUCUACUGCAACGUAAAAUUACUUUAUAUUUAUSUAUAACACAUAUUGUGCUGGAUUAAUAUUUAUAUUUAUAGUGAUUAAUAUUUAGGUUUAUUAGUGAUAAUACAUUUUUCUUACAAGUUAA